AUGCUUAGCAAUGUUGGCCAGAAACAGAGACGACAUGAUCGACAUGAUCAGAUCAAGUCCGGAAAGGGAUGGAUGCCAGCAUCGGCAAUCUGGCCCCAGCCCACAUCCUGCCUAGUGCCCCUCUCUACUGGCGAGUCUCGUCAGAGGCUCGACCGACAUGGCCCAGCGAGACAAGGCCAUUAUGAACAAGGUUGGACAACAAGGUUCAAGUCAAAGGGCGCUGCCAUCACGAAUCGACAGGGCUCCCGUCACGCCACCGACAACAACGACGACGACGACGACGACGACGACGCAUCCCAGCCAUGCAAGUCGCAUCGCACCGCAUCGUUGGUGACACGACAACCAACCCGACGCGGUUGCCAGUCACAUGGUCGUGUGCAGUUGGAUCCGGAGCAAAAAUUGAUUGAUUUGGAAAGAGCGAGCCCGGCCCUCUUUGCAAUACAACCAACAACCCCUUUGCUCUCUCCCAGCCGAUCCUAG